AUGACUACCGAUGGCUACAAGCUGUACAACUACUCACCCAACCUGCCCGCGGCCAUUGUAUUCGUUGUCGCUUUUGCUCUGACGACUUCUUUCCACAUUUUCCAAUUGAUCAAGCACAAGACAUGGUACAUGAUUGCCUUUUUGAUAGGUGGCUUCUUCGAAAUCAUUGGUUAUGUUGGCCGCGCUGCCUCUGCAGCCCAAGAUAAUGGCAAGUGGACGGUCGGCCCGUACGUCCUUCAGAGCCUCUUCCUCCUCGUCGCACCCGCUCUUUUCGCCGCGUCCAUCUACAUGAUUCUCGGAAGAGUCAUCCUUCUCACCGAGGGUGAGGGCCAUGCCAUGAUCAAGAGACGGUGGCUCACAAAGCUCUUCGUCUUCGGCGAUGUCUUCUCCUUCCUGCUGCAAUCAAGCGGCGGUGGUCUAAUGGCCAAGGGAGCCUCGGAUCCCAGUUCGCUCAAGAUGGCGCAAAACAUCAUCAUUGCCGGUCUCAUCCUUCAGCUUGUUUUCUUCGGCUUCUUCAUCAUCGUCGCGGGCAUCUUCCAUAUGCGCAUGAAUUCGGCUCCCACAGCCAAGUCGGAGCAGCCCGAGAUUCGUUGGCGCCAUUACCUCACUUCGCUGUACGCUGUCAGCGUCUUCAUCAUGAUCCGAUGCAUUUUCCGUGCAGUCGAGUACAUUCAAGGCCACGACGGAUACUUGCUGCAAAACGAGGUCUACAUUUACAUUUUCGAUGCGCUUCUCAUGUUUCUGGUCAUGGCGUACAUGAACUGGCAACAUCCUGCCGAGAUUGGACACCUGCUCCGCGGAGAGUGUCCGUCCGAUAGUAGUUUCACCAUGGGAGUUAUCGGCUCAAACAAGGAGGAUCGCCUUAGCGAUUCUCGGGACAUGGUGUGA